UAACCUCACGAAGUGCAGAGUCCCUGGAAAGGAAGACCAGGCGGGACACCCAGAGGAGGGUUAUAAAACCUAUUUCCAUCAAAGGAGGAUUUCCUUGGGCACCCCAGAACCCUUUAAAGAAUGGCGAGAAAGAGAUGAUUGGGACAGACAGGAAAGUUGCUCAGGGUGCUGAUCUAAGCUAUCUCUCUCUUGGAAGGUCGAGAGGGGACUCCUAGAAGAGGAGGAGAUAGUGACAUUUACAUCGCAAAUUGGUCAAGGUUGUAUCAUUAGGAGAUGGAGACGGUUACCGUAGAUGUGCGCAUAGAAAGCAAAGAAAAAGACUCUGUAGAACAAGCUUCCAAAGAUGAGAUUGAAGUUCGCUCUCUGAAUGACACCGAAUUACGGGAACAGCUCUCUGUACAUGGAAUCAAUGCUGGACCGAUACUACCUUCCACAAGGACUACCUAUGAGAACAAGCUGCUACAAUUGAUGAAACAAUACCCAAACAUAGCAGCUGGGGAAAAUAACAGGCUUGAUGAUUCUGAAAAGAAAAAUGGAGAACAUGGGAAAACCACAGAAGUAGUCCUCCAAACAAACAACCUCAGAGUGACAGCUGAAUGUGCCCCUGGGCUUGGUAAUAAACCAACUGUAGAUACUGAAGAACGCCAGAAGAAACUCUUAUCAUCUGAUAUUGAACACAGUUUGGCCAAAAUAGUGGCAGAACUACAGGAAAUAUUGCCAGAGAGCAAGGUAGCACUGAAUCGGUCACAAGGACCAACCACAAGAAGAAAACGUUGUAGCAGUCCUGAAACGAGCUACAAACAAAAGAUAAAUCAUCCUCCACACAUAGAUUAUGGCUAUCCUGAUGCUAACCGUGUAGGACUAAGUACUAGAAAGAGGGCAGUACAAGCAAAGACCCCUUCAGUGAAGCAACUUUCUGUAGCAAAAUCUCAGAUGUGUGAGAAGCCAGUAGAAGAACUUAUACCAACCCGUGUAAAGAUUGCUGUGUUUGCUAUCUUCGUUUUCCUUCUUUUUGUGUAUGUCACUAUGGAAACUAAUGUAGGGAAUCCAUUCCCAAGGUUUAGCAUGGGAAAAUGAGAGCAUCUCAUCAUUUAGAGAUGACAUCAAAAGACUAAAGGUGGUGGUUCUGUUCAGCUGCUUAGGAAUAAGCAAUUUGGGUAGCUUAUUAAAAAGCAAGAGUGGAUA